UAUGGAAUGUAUUAAUGACAAAGAUAUUUGUAAUGCAGAGCCGAAUUGUAUAGAUUUCUCUGAUGAACAAUGUAGACAAGUGCUUUCCGAAGAUUUAGGUCUAUGCCAAAAAGGACUUCACCAUUGUGACAAUUCAAAAUGUUUAUCAGAAGCUGAAAUAUGUAAUAAAUAUGUUAAAUGUGAAGAUUUUAGUGAUGAAAGCCAAGAUAAUUGCAUCGAUCUGGGUUAG